CUACUUCCGGUUCAAUUGACGCAACAUUUGUUUACCCAUCCGAUAUGUGCAGUUUUUUUUUGUUUACUCUACUCUUAACCAGACGAUCUCCUUCAAAACAUUUUCAUCGGAUGUAACAAAUUACUAUUGACUGAAGGCCAACGUCAUCCCAAACAUCAAAGAGUAGAGACGUGGAAAAUGAGGAGAGGAAAUCCAGGUCACGACGAACAACUGAAUAACUAAAGAAAAUGAGGUAUGCCGCAGACGUCACUGUAGAAGAUCUUCACCCUGAGAAGCCCGAUCCCCUCCACGUUAAAAAGGAGGAGGAGUUGGAGAUGCCGUGUAUCAGACAGGAGGCAGAGCCAGCGACCCCCGACAUUAAAGAAGAAGAACAGGAAGAUGAAAUCCCCAAGAUUCCAAUGUGUGUCAGCGUGAAGAUUGAAGGUCAUGAAGCUCCGAGCGAAACAGCGAAACCUUGGAGCGACGGCUCAUUUCAACACUUGACAACAAAAGAAGAGCAACCGGACGGCCUCUUAGCUCCGCUUUCGGACAGCGACGACGUAACGUCACACUCUUCUGACACUGAUACUAAUGAGGAGGAUGUUGACUUUGACCAAAAUGAUCCGAAAUCCUCAAACAAGUCAUCAUUGAAAAGGGACAAAAAAGAACGCUUGGCUGGGAAACCUUUUCCCUGCUCCGUUUGCGAGAAAAGGUUUUCUUUGAAGACUGAUUUAGAAAGACACACGCGUACACACACUGGAGAAAAGCCUUAUGUCUGCACAUGUUGUGGUAAAAGAUUCACUGAGAAGGGAAAUUUAAAGAAACACACGCGGACACACACGAGAGAAAAGUCUUUUUCCUGCUCAGUUUGUCAUAAAAGAUUCUGUCAUAAGGGAGCUUUAAAAAGACAUGCAACAACACACACUGGAGAGAACCCAUUUGCCUGCUCCUUUUGUGAGAAAAAUUUUUAUUGCAAGUCUCAGUUGACAAGACACAUAUUUACACACACAGGAGAGAAGCCUUUCUCCUGCACGCUUUGCGACAAAAGAUUUUCUCAGAAAAUUAUUUUAGAAAGACACACGCGUACACACACUGGAGAAAAGCCUUUUGUCUGUACAUGUUGUGGGAAAAGAUUCACCGAAAAGGGAAAUUUAAACAAACACACACUCACACACGCUGUAGAAAAGCCUUUUCCUUGCUCAGUUUGUGAGAAAAGAUAUUUUUCGAAGACUGAUUUAAAAAAGCAUCAGCGUACACACACUGGAGAAAAGCCUUUUGUCUGCACAUGUUGUGGUAAAAAAUUCACCCACAAGGGAGAUUUAAACAAACACACACGCACACACACUGGAGAAAAGCCUUUUCCCUGCUCUGUCUGUCAUAAAAGCUUCUGUCAGAAGGGAACUUUAAACAGACACUUAACGACACACACUGGAGAGAAACCAUUUGCCUGCUAACUUCGAGGUAAAAGAUUCGCUCAGAAGGGAUACUUAGUAAACAUGUGACUGAAAAUUAGGCCGCGAAAAUAGCUAAAAUGGGAUUUUCUGUUAUCGGUUAAAAGGCCGAAAGUUUACCACCGAAAAGUGUGAAGAAGCUUAGUCGUCUUGUGAUGACAUAAUCAAAACUCAACAAGCUAACACUACUGGCUCCCAGCUGACAUGUCCAUGCUUUGGAAGUAGUUUGUUUUGAUGUUAAAAGACCCGAAACGCCUAAUGAUUCCAGGAACAUCGUGUUCGGGUCUUUCAAGAUGUGUGACUUUUUUUUUUAAACUUCCUCUAUGGGGAACCAUUUUAGGGCUGCUCUCUGUUCUACAUGAAAAUCAACUUUGGCUUUACAUCCUUAUCAUCAUCAUCAUGGCUAUUGCGUAGGGGCAGGUUUCCCAUCCCAUUGCGUAGAGCUGACUAGGUGAGCUAGGCCCCUCCAGUACUGGCGGUCUCAUGCACUAUAUCCCUAAGUGACAUCCAAAAGUGUAUUUCAGCAUUUGUUUUGAAUUCAUUAAACAGGCUUUUAUUCACACUCAGGCCCGGAGUGACUAAUCGGGAGCUUCUGGACGAUUCCAGAAGGGCCGGCUGGCCAGAUGGGCCGGUCCGGGUUUUAUUAAAAAAAAAAAAAAAAAAUUACACUGUUAUCAUUUUUUGUUUGGUAUUUAUUUAUGACAGUGUCACUGAGUAUAACUUACAUUCUGUUACCGCUGUCCCUGUGGGCAGUCUUAAAAAAAAAAAAAAAAAACUAUUAUUUUUUUCCCCAGACUCAUCCUCACGUGUGCAGACGAAAAAUACAGCAUGCAGCUCCGCCCCCUAAUUGUAGUCUGUAUUGAGCCAAAUUAGCUGCUAUCUCGGUGCUCGGAUGGAUAAAAAGAGCAAGGGUGGCGCUGAAAAUUAAGAAUUAAAAAGAGAAAAGCACUCGUGAAAGAAUCGGCAAAAUGCGCGAAAAUAGCUAAUUUUUUUCAUGCAACGACCUUGCGGCCUCAAACUACAGAGGAUUACAACGAAAGUGGUAAGGCCGGAUGGCGAAAAAAAUGCAACUUGCACCGUGUGAUACGACAAUAUGUAAUUGUGGAAACUUUGGCUUCUUGUAGCACCUCACAAGGGAUAUGUAGCAGCAAGCAUUAGCCAUAAUGAACACACCACAGGUGCAGAGCUGGAAGGUAGGAUUGCCAUGUCGUUCAGCGAGUGAACAUUAGAAUGAAUAUAUUCAAUUACGUGGCGUUUUUAAAGUGGAAAUGGAAAAUGGAUAAUAGUAUCAUUAGAAGUUGUUACAAUGUGCAAUACGUAUUCUUUAUUUUUCAUAUUGUUAUGUUGCUAUGUUUGUUUUAUCUGUAAACACUCAUUUUGUUAAUAUUUGAUGUUGCAGAAAAGGUCUUAUUUAUUCAUUUAUUUUAGGGCUGUCAAAAUUAAUGCGUUAACGGGCGGUAAUUAAUUUUUUUAAUGAAUCACGUUAAAAUAUUUGACGCAAUUAACGCACAUGCCCUGCUCAGACAGAUUUAAAUGACAGUACAAUGACAUGCCCACUUGUUAAUUGUGUUUAUGGAGUUUUGCCGCCCUCCGCUGGCGCUUGGGUGCGACUGAUUUUAUAGGCUUCAGCACCCAUGAGCAUUGUGUAAGUAAUUAUUGACAUCAACAAUGGCGGGCUACUAGUUUAUUUUUUGAUUGAAAAUUUUACAAAUUUUAAUAAAACGAAAACAUUAAGAGGGGUUUUAAUAUGAAAUUUCUAUAACUUGUACUAACAUUUAUCUUUUAAGAACUACAAGUCUUUCUAUCCAUGGAUCGCUUUAACAGAAUGUUAAUAAUGUUAAUGCCAUCUUGUUGAUUUAUUGUUAUAAUAAACAAAUACAGUCCUUAUGUACCUUAUGUUGAAUGUAUAUAUCCAUCUUGUGUCUUAUCUUUCCAUACCAACAAUAAUUUACAGAAAACUAUGGCAUAUUUUAUAGAUGGUUUGAAUUGCGAUUAAUUACGAUUAAUUUUCAAGCUGUAAUUAACUCGAUCAAAAAUUUUAAUCGUUU